UACAUAGUUUGUGAUUACAAACAGUGUGUUGUGCGGGCUGAAGUCAGACGCCUGCGUAUUAAAUUUGCUAUAUAUAUUUUAUCAGAGUCCUUUGUUGUCCCGGAGUGUGGUUAUUGCUAUUGAAUUUUGUUGGGUAAUUGCAAAAUAAAAAUAUGAUCGAUCCGGUGCCACAAAUGGAAAAUAAUAAAAAAAAUUGUCGAGUCAUGGAUUAUACAAAGUCUUUGUCUAUACCCAAAUUGAAGAAUGCAACUCUGUUCAUAGGGUACUUGAAUAUUACAAUCAGUAUUUUGUUCAUCAUUGUAUCCUCGGUGGCCCUGGCGAGUUGGAAUGAUUUAUUCGAGAAUUCACACGAAUAUUAUAAUUUCUUCUACUUCGCGAAUAGCGUAGUCCCACCUAGUGUUCUAGCGAUUGGAAUUAUUUGUAUGAUAUUCACUGCUGCCUUGAUUGCUGGUACUCAUAUGGAAAAAACGCUACUGAUGCAUAUAUACUUGUCCUUCGGGGUAAUUGGCCUCAUGCUAUCAGUUGUAACGAUGAGUGUUAUUGUCAUCAUCAUGGCGUGUUUGGGUCUACUGGUUUCCAUGAUCUUCGCAAUGCAGAUUUUCUUUUUCUUUGGCGUGUACGCUAUCCAGCUGUACGUGAUUCAACAAACCAUCGAGGUCUUCGAAACUCCUUCCAACGUCCAAGAAGUACAUGUGAAAGAUGUAAAAGACAUAUCUCUGCCGUCCUACAACAGAUAUGAAUACGCUCCACAUCUUACCGUCGCCACAUAAAACAGUAAACUGUUCAAGCCCUGUUUAACAUCUUUC